AUGGCUGCUAGCAGUCAGCAAAGCCUGAGAAAAGCUAUUGGGGCUUUGAAGGAUUCCACAAAAGUUGGAUUGGUGAGUUUAAACAGUGAUAAUAAGGAGGUGGAUCUUGCAAUUGUUAAGGCCACGAACCAUGAUGAAGCAUUGCCCAAAGAGAAACAUAUCAAGACUAUUUUUGAUGCAGUUUCAGCUUCACGACCUCGACCUGAUGUAGCUUACUGCAUUCAAGGUCUUUCCAGGCGUCUUGCUAAAACUCGUUGUUGGAUGGUUGCAUUAAAGACUUUGAUAGUUGUGCACCGUGCUUUGAGGGAAGUUGAUCUUACAUUUUGUCAAGAACUGAUAAAUUUUAGCCGGAGAAGUCUUAUGUUGAAUCUCUCUCAUUUCAGGGAUGAAUCAAGUCCAGUUGCAUGGGAUUAUUCAGCCUGGGUCCGUACAUACGCCUUGUAUCUUGAAGAGCGAGUGGAAUGUUUUCGCUUAUUGAAAUAUGAUGUCGAGAAAAGCAUCUUGAAAACUAAGGGACUGCAGACCGCCGACUUACUGGAACAGUUACCUUUCCUGCAACAGCUUCUCUUUCGCCUUCUUGGUUGCAAGCCAGAGGGAGCAGCUAUGUACAAUGGUUUGAUUCAUUAUGCCCUUUCAAUUGUUGUAAGUGAGAGUAUCAAGCUUUAUGUUACAAUUACUGAUGGCAUUCUCAAUUUAGUCGACAAGUAUUUUGAGAUGCAGCGCCACGAUGCCAUUAGAGCGCUCGAAAUUUAUCGCAAGUCAGGGGCUCAGGCAGACAGCUUGAACGAGUUGUUUGAGAUCUGCAGGGGGCUUGGUUUUGGGAGGGGGCAGAAUUACGUUAAAAUUGAACAGCCCCCUCCAUCUUUUUUGGCUGCCAUGGCAGAUUACGUGCAGCAGGCUCCUCAUUCUUUAGCGUUACAAAGUACAGCAAUUAGUGGUUAUCAGGGUGUUCCUGCUAUAGAAGCUCCGAAAGUAGUUGCUGCUGCUCCUGAAAGUGAUUUGUUAAGCGAUAAGCAAGAUACAAAUGUUAAAGAAGAAGCAGACCAAUCUGUGACACCUGAACCAAGGAGUGACCAAGGUGGAGCUGAUCUACUAGAUCUUGAUGUUAAAGACGAAUCCACGACCACCCCUGAACCGAGGAGCGGCCAGAGUGAGGUUGCAGCCACGCAUCAGAUUUUUGACCUUUUGGGCUUGGAUCAGCUAAACUCAGAAGCAUCUCAAUUGGAGGAGAAGAACUCCCUCGCGCUGGCGAUUAUCCCAUCCGGAUACCCGACGAAUUCUGGAAAUGACUUCAAUGAGGCCUGCCAAACUCUAGGUUGGGAGCUUGCACUUGUUACAGCACCAAGCUCUAAUGGAGCUGCAGUUGCAGAGAGUAAAUUGGCUGGUGGACUAGAUAAAUUAACGCUGGAUAGUCUAUACGAUCAAGCAAUGGCAAGCAGAGCGAAUCCAAAUGUGACACACAACAUGGGGGCGGUGCCUUCGAAUCCUUUCGAGUCUGCUAGCUGCAUUCAAGAUCCAUUCUAUGCCUCCAGCAGCAUUGCACCCCCAACAAUUGUGCAAAUGGCAGAUAUGCUUCAACAACAACAAAGUUUCAUAAGACAGCAACAACAACAGCUACUAUUAACUGGCCCUAGCGAAACAAACCCAAGCAGGAAUCCGUUUCUCGAUCAGAGUUUGCCGUCCCAGACUCCUCAGAAUCCCUUCUCUGGUUUGAUUUAG